UACUGUGCUCCGUACAGCUCUCCAACCUCGCACUCCGCGCCUAACGUCUCGCUCCUCAACACUGCUCUGCGAUUGUUGGAGCUGACUCGAAGCUGAAGCUCGCCAUUGCCACGAUCUACCUACGCCCUCCGCGCCGCCAUCAUGGGAGACCCCCGAGAGUCGUCGUCCUAUAGCGUCACGCCCAGAAUCCGAUACAAUACCAUUGGGGGCGUGAACGGUCCCUUGGUUAUCUUGGAGAAUGUCAAAUUCCCCCGAUACAAUGAGAUUGUUACUUUGACGCUGCCCGAUGGCAGCGAGAGGUCGGGGCAGGUACUUGAAGCUAGAGGAACUCGUGCGGUGGUGCAGGUGUUUGAAGGCACAUCUGGCAUUGAUGUGAAGAAGUCGAAAGUUGAGUUUACAGGACACAGUCUGAAGCUCGGUGUUUCCGAGGAUAUGUUGGGACGUAUCUUCGAUGGAUCAGGAAGGGCAAUUGAUAAGGGUCCCAAAGUCCUCGCGGAGGAUUACCUGGACAUCAACGGCAGUCCCAUCAACCCUUACUCUCGAGUCUACCCCGAAGAGAUGAUCUCAACGGGUAUCUCUGCCAUCGAUACCAUGAACUCCAUUGCCCGUGGACAGAAAAUUCCCAUCUUCUCCGCUUCGGGUCUACCACAUAACGAGAUCGCCGCUCAGAUCUGUCGACAAGCUGGUCUGGUCCAGAAGCAGGGUGUUACGAACAAGGGUGUGCAUGAUGGACAUGAGGAGAACUUCUCGAUCGUUUUCGCGGCCAUGGGUGUUAACUUGGAAACCGCAAGAUUCUUCACAAGAGAUUUCGAGGAGAACGGCUCUCUGGAGCGUACCACACUGUUCUUGAACUUGGCCAAUGACCCAACGAUCGAACGUAUCAUUACCCCUCGUCUCGCGCUUACUACUGCUGAAUAUUAUGCCUACCAGCUGGAGAAGCACGUCUUGGUCAUUCUUACUGAUUUGACCGCAUACUGCGAUGCUCUCCGUGAAGUUUCCGCAGCGCGUGAAGAAGUGCCCGGUCGUCGUGGUUACCCCGGUUAUAUGUACACUGAUCUGUCGACCAUCUACGAGCGUGCGGGUCGUGUUGAGGGACGGAAUGGAUCGAUCACUCAAAUUCCCAUCCUGACCAUGCCUAAUGACGAUAUCACGCAUCCCAUUCCUGACUUGACGGGUUACAUCACGGAAGGUCAAAUCUUCAUUGAUCGUCAGCUCUACAACCGGGGUAUCUACCCCCCGAUUAACGUCCUGCCAUCGCUCUCCCGUCUCAUGAAGUCUGCUAUCGGCGAGGGACAUACGCGGAAGGACCACGGCGAUGUUUCCAACCAGCUGUACGCCAAAUACGCCAUCGGUCGUGACGCCGCGGCGAUGAAGGCGGUGGUCGGUGAGGAAGCGCUGUCGUCGGAGGACAAGCUCUCCCUGGAGUUCUUGGAGAAGUUCGAGCGCACGUUCAUCUCGCAAUCGGCGUACGAAUCACGAACCAUCUACGAGUCUCUCGACCAGGCAUGGAGCCUGCUGCGGAUCUACCCCAAGGAACUGCUCAACCGAAUCCCACAGAAGGUGCUUGCUGAAUUCUACCAGCGGGCGGAUCGGAAGGGCAAGGGACGUGCGGGGAACAAGGACACCCGGGAUAAUGCCGAGGAGAAUGGCAAGCCGAAGGGGAACGAGGAGAACCUGAUUGAUGCGUGA